GCAACUUCCGGUAGUUGUACGGCUGCAGCUCGACUGGUGUCGCUGCCUUCUCUUCACUCCUGACCAUUCUAUUGACGUACCAACUACAAUAUUCCAGGGCCACAAACGAAGUGAAUCAUGGUUCAACUGCACGUCAAACGGGGAGAUGAGAGUCAGUUUCUCUUUAACACAACGGUGGAUGUACAUGUGGACAGUCUCACCCUACAUGUCGCUGCGAUCUAUAAUGGAAGGUUAAAGGUGGAAAGAAUCUGCUCAGAAAUUUCAGAGCUGGCAGAUCACGGCAUCUCUCUUCCACCGAACAUGCAAGGACUGACCGAGGAUCAAAUCAUUGAGCUGAAACUGCAGGAUGAAUGGCAGGAACUCUGCCAUCCCAGUGGUGGUGCUGACUUCAAGAAAGAUGAGAUCGGACGGCGAAAUGGACAUGCUCCUAAUGUAAAGAUGACAGAUGUUUUAAGGAAAACAAUAGAGGAGGCCAAAGCUUUAAUCUCAAAAAAACAAGUAGAAGCGAGUGUUUGUCUUACAAUGGACAUGGUCAAAGAGGCUCUUGAACAAUUGCGAGGAGCCGUGAUGAUAGUCUACCCAAUGGGACUGCCCCCACAUGAUCCAAUAAGGAUGGAGUUUGAAAAUCAAGAAGAUCUGACUGGAAUGCAGGCGUCUUUACAGGUGAUCCCAGAUGAAGAGGCUCAACUGUGGUGGGCAUCUAAAGAACUUCAGAAGGGCAAGAAACUGCAGGAUUACAUUGGGAAAAAUGAGAAAACUAAAAUAGUAGUGAAAAUACAAAAAAGGGGUCAGGGGGCACCAGCACGCGAGCCACUGGUGAGUGAAGAGGGGCAAAAGAAUAUGAUGAUGCACUACUACAAAAGACAGGAAGAACUCAAAAAACUGGAUGAGGCAGAUGACGACACGUAUCUACAGUCAGAAUGGUCGGACAGACAAGCUUUAAAAAGACAGUUCCAGGGGCUCACAAAUAUCAAAUGGGGCCCAAGGUAGAUUGACAGAGAAUGUUUCAGCUUAAUCUUUCGGAUGAUACAAUGUGAAGUGCUUCAUAGUGACAAAUAUUUCCCACAAAUUUAGAUUCAAAACAGAUUUAUUUUAAAAGAUUUUACUGCUGCCCUUUAUAUGCAUUUUUCAAAUGAACUCUUACAAAACUCUUUCAUUUAAAGCGAAUGUAUUUGUGUAUUUAUGUGCUAUCCAAAGUGUGACACAUUCAGAUUUCUCAGUUCUGAUGCUUUGGGAGAAGGAUGCAACACCUUUCCUCUCUUUGUCUAUGCCUCUGGCAGUUACUCAAUUGAAACUCAAUGCUGUUUAAAGGCAGGAUAUUGCUGCACGGCUCUCAGGAUCAGUGUGGCUGUGCGAGUUCAUUCAGAGAGCGUUAUGAAAAGUCACACAACACUGUGGUUCCCUCAAGGCCUUACAAGACAUGUUACAGUAAAUAGAGAUGUAGCUUUCAAAGAAUGGACUUUCUUGUUCAAAGAAACACUGAGUAGUACUGUGUAAUAAAUAAACAUCUGAUUCAUUUUUCAAAUCCAUGUUUAUGAUUUUAAUCUACAGUGUAAACCACCUUCGUGAUUUUCUUGUAACUUCCAUUUUAAAUGUAAUACUGAUUUUACAAAUAUUUGUGCAUCAUAUAAGUUCUAUAAAAGCAAUAAUUUAUGAAAUAAA